GGGAAAUAUUUUGUGUUUGUGUUAAACAUAACCUACAAAUGUUAAUCGGCUUUUUUAGAUAAAAUUAAUAUUUUUCAUUAGAUUUAAAGGAUAUUAUUUAAAUAAACAGAUAAACAAUUUGAUUUUUCUUUAAGAUAAAAACCUAAAAAUGGAUGCAGAUCUUUAUGACGAAUUUGGUAAUUAUAUUGGUCCGGAUUUAGCAUCUGAAAGUGAAGAUGAAACUGAAUAUGGAAAUAUUGGAGACGAUGGAGAUGAUAGGGAUAGAUCCGAUGAGGAAAUGGAAGAGGACAAAGACGAUGUUCGCGAUCAAAUGGAACAAAAUUCAACGGCUGUUGUUUUACACGAAGAUAAACGAUAUUAUCCAAGUGCAUUAGAAGUUUAUGGACCACAGGUUGAAGUUCUUGUACAAGAAGAAGAUGCACAACCUCUUGAGAAACCAUUAGUUGAGCCAACAAAGAAACCAAAAUUUCAAUUAAAACAACAACAACUUCCUGAUACAUCGUACAAUAUAGAAUUUCUCGCCGAUAUGAUGGACGCUCCUCAUUUAAUACGUAAUGUUGUUUUACUAGGUCAUUUACAUCAUGGAAAAACAACGUUAGUCGAUUGUCUCGUGAGACAAACACAUCCGUAUAUUCAUUCAGUGACUGAUGAAAAACCAUUACGAUAUACUGAUACACUUUUUACCGAACAACAAAGAGGCGUUUCGAUAAAAGCAGCGCCAGUUACUCUUCUUUUACAAGACGUUAAAUCAAAAUCAUAUCUUUUAAAUAUUUUCGAUACACCGGGACAUGUGAAUUUUUCCGACGAAGCAACAGCUGCAAUUCGUCUAUCGGAUGGUGCUAUGUUAAUUGUCGACGCCGCCGAGGGAAUGAUGUUGAAUACUGAACGUUUAUUGAAACAUGCAAUACAAGAGAAAAUUGCCAUAACCGUUUGUAUCAAUAAAAUUGAUCGUCUAAUAUUGGAAUUGAAAUUACCACCAUUGGAUGCCUAUUAUAAAUUGAGACAUAUUGUCGAAGAUAUUAAUAAUAAAAUAGCCGAACAUUCAACAGAUGAAAAUCCUGGUUUUGUAUCGCCUGCAUUUGGCAAUGUUUGUUUUGCCAGUUCUGAAUAUAAUGUUUGUUUUACAUUAAAAUCAUUUGCUGCACUUUAUGCAAGACGUAGUCCAUCGGUUAAUGUCAAUGAAUUUGCCAAAAGAUUAUGGGGUGAUAUUUAUUUUAAUUCAAAAACACGAAAAUUCACCAAAAAACCAGCACACAAUACGGCACAACGAAGUUUCAUUGAAUUUAUUUUAGAGCCACUUUAUAAAAUUUUUGCACAAGUUGUUGGUGAUGUGGACUCAACUUUGCCUGGUGUUCUGGAUCAAUUGGGAAUUAGAUUGACAUCAGAAGAAAUGAAAAUGAACAUAAGACCACUGUUGAGAUUGGUUUGCACACGAUUUUUAGGCGAUAUGUCUGGAUUUGUUGACAUGUGCGUGAAUCAUAUUCCCAGUCCUCAUGAUCAUGCAGCUGUUAAAGUUCAACAUAUUUACACGGGACCGACUGACACUCCAUUAGCUUUGGAUAUGAUAAAUUGCGAUCCAGAUGGAAGAUUGAUGAUUCACAGUGCAAAAAUGUAUCCAACGGAAGAUUGUACAUUGUUUCAUGUAUUGGGACGAGUGAUGUCAGGCACACUUGAAGCUGGACAACGUGUACGUGUUCUUGGCGAAGCUUAUAGUCGCGUUGACGAGGAAGAUUCACGUGUACUCACUGUGGGACGUUUAUGGAUCAGUGAAGCACGUUAUUCCAUUGAAUUGAGUCGUGUACCAGCGGGAAAUUGGGUACUCAUUGAGGGUAUCGAUAAAUCAAUUGUUAAAACAAGUACAAUCACUGAUUUAACAAGUUCCGAUGAUUUAUACAUAUUCCGACCAUUAAAAUUCAAUACACAAAGUGUAAUAAAAAUAGCCGUUGAACCAGUGAAUCCAUCGGAAUUACCAAAAAUGUUGGACGGUUUGAGAAAAGUGAAUAAAAGUUAUCCACUUUUGGGUACAAGAGUCGAGGAAAGUGGUGAACACGUUGUUCUUGGUACUGGUGAAUUAUAUCUCGAUUGUGCAAUGCACGAUUUACGACGUAUGUAUUCGGAAAUUGAUAUUAAAGUCGCCGAUCCUGUUGUAUCGUUCGCUGAGACUGUUGUUGAGACAAGUUCAUUGAAAUGUUUCGCCGAAACACCAAAUAAAAAGAAUAAAUUGACAAUGAUUGCUGAACCAUUGGAGAAAGGAUUAGCCGAGGAUAUUGAAAAUGAAAAAGUCAAAAUCACCUGGAACAAGAAAAAAUUGGGUGAAUUUUUUCAAACCACCUACGAUUGGGAUUUACUUGCUGCGAGAAGUAUUUGGGCAUUUGGUCCAGAUGCAACUGGACCAAAUAUUCUUGUUGAUGACACUUUACCAUCAGAGGUGGAUAAAUCUUUACUGAAUAGUGCUCGCGAUGCAAUUGUUCAAGGAUUUCAAUGGGGCACACGAGAAGGUCCUCUUUGCGAGGAGCCAAUUCGUAAUGUGAAAUUUAAAAUUCUAGACGCAGUCAUUGCACAGGAACCAUUACAUCGGGGAGGUGGACAAAUAAUUCCAACGGCACGUCGUGUUGCAUAUUCGGCAUUUUUAAUGGCAACACCACGUCUUAUGGAACCUUAUCUUUUUGUUGAGGUUCAAGCGCCGGCCGAUUGUGUUUCUGCUGUUUAUACAGUUUUGGCAAAAAGACGUGGUCACGUGACACAGGACGCACCAGUCGCUGGUUCUCCUCUCUAUACAAUAAAAGCCUUUAUUCCGGCAAUUGAUAGUUUUGGUUUUGAAACUGAUUUAAGGACACACACUCAGGGACAAGCAUUUUGUCUCUCAGUGUUUCAUCAUUGGCAAAUUGUACCUGGUGAUCCACUUGACAAGAGUAUUACAAUUAGACCACUUGAACCACAGCCACCAACUCAUUUGGCACGUGAAUUUAUGUUAAAAACACGAAGACGAAAAGGAUUAUCCGAAGAUGUUUCAAUUAAUAAAUUUUUCGACGAUCCUAUGUUGUUGGAAUUGGCACGACAGGAUGUCCUUCUCAAUUAUCCCAUGUAAUAAUAUAUUGCAAUUUAUUUCCAAGUAUUGACUGUAAAUAUAUAUUAUGCAUUUUUAUCGCGGAAAAUUAACUUGUGCAUUUUUUUUAUCAGACGAUAAUAAAAAUUAUGUAUUACUUUUCGAAUAAAUUUUUCCAAUGAAAAAAAAA